CAAGAAAAUCACAAAAAAAGGGUAUUCUAAAAGAAAAACGUAAGGAAUUUCAUCGUCUUCUCCAUCUUAAAUUUCAGACCUUCAUGGCGUAGGACACGUUCCACUAAACCACCUCUACAACUAUUAUAUAUACCCCUGAAAAGAUUCUAAUCUUACAACAAUUAAUUACACAAACACAAAGUUAUCACUAAAAAUUUAUCAGAGUAUUAUAUUAAUAAAGCCAUAAUGUCUAGCACAGCAGGCCAAGUCAUUCGCUGCAAAGCCGCGGUGGCAUGGGAGGCAGGGAAGCCACUGGUGAUCGAGGAGGUGGAGGUGGCGCCGCCCCAGAAGAUGGAGGUCCGGUUGAAGAUCCUCUUCACCUCCCUCUGCCACACUGAUGUUUACUUCUGGGAAGCUAAGGGGCAAACGCCUCUUUUUCCUCGAAUCUUUGGCCACGAAGCUGGAGGUAUUGUGGAGAGCGUGGGUGAAGGCGUGACAGAUCUCCAACCAGGCGACCAUGUUCUUCCAGUGUUCACUGGUGAGUGCAAGGAGUGCCGUCACUGUAAAUCAGAAGAAAGCAACAUGUGCGAUCUUCUCAGGAUAAACACCGACAGAGGGGUGAUGAUCGGGGAUGGAAAAUCGAGAUUCUCCAAGGACGGCCAGCCGAUCCAUCACUUCUUGGGAACAUCCACGUUUAGCGAGUACACCGUCACUCAUGUUGGCUGCCUCGCCAAGAUCAAUCCCGCAGCUCCACUUGAAACUGUUUGUAUUGUUAGCUGUGGGAUUUCCACAGGACUUGGUGCGACGCUGAAUGUUGCCAAACCAACAAAGGGUUCAACAGUCGCCGUUUUUGGAUUGGGAGCUGUCGGCCUUGCUGCUGCUGAAGGGGCUCGACUGGCCGGUGCUUCAAGGAUCAUCGGUGUUGAUCUAAACCCAAGUCGAUUCGAAGAAGCGAAGAAAUUUGGAGUGACUGAAUUUGUGAACCCAAAGGAUCAUGACAAGCCAGUUCAAGAGGUCCUAGCUGGGAUGACUGACGGCGGUGUCGACCGUAGUGUCGAGUGCACGGGAAACGUCAAUGCAAUGAUAUCUGCAUUUGAAUGCGUUCAUGACGGUUGGGGUGUUGCUGUGCUGGUAGGAGUGCCGAACAAAGAUGACGCAUUCAAAACUCACCCAGUGAACGUGCUGAAUGAGAGGACUCUCAAGGGCACCUUUUUCGGCAACUAUAAGCCCCGUAGCGAUAUUCCUUCAGUUGUCGAGAAGUACAUGAACAAGGAACUGGAGCUGGAGAAAUUCAUCACCCACAGAGUUCCUUUCUCUGAGAUCAACAAGGCUUUUGAUUACAUGCUGCGCGGUGAGGGUCUCCGUUGCAUCAUCAGCAUGGAGAACUGAUGACAUUUUUGGUAUUGAUGAAUUUAUUAGCAAUAAUAGAGAGUAUUAGAUUACUUUUUAAGAGGCUGUUAAAUAUAGUUGAGGGCUUGUCCUCAAGAUUUUGAAUGUUGAGCUCAUGUUAUGGAUCGUGAUGUCCUUUAUAGUAUUCUUUUAUCUAUCCA